CACCCCCGCUGCUGCUGGAGGACAUAAUUCACUCAAGGCUUGUCCAUUGUGACACCAUUUAUAGCUUAUAUCUGUUCCCCUUUUCUACCUGUUCGGGUCCACCCACAGUGUCUUUCUACGCAUCAUGUCUACCAGUCCGAAUCCGCUCCCUAAUGAUUCGCCUUCGCCUGGCCGAGUCCCCACUAUUCACUCCACGGAACAUAUCGAGCUAGGUGUACCUGCAGCGGGAGGUGACGGACGCCCACCGGUGCUCAAACAUCUGUCGUCUCCAGCGUACCAUAGUCCCCUUAGACAUCACCACCGUACAGCUUCGAAUCCUAGGAAGGUCAAGGAAACAUACAAUGCCAGAACCGAGUAUAGCAAUAGUGAGGAUGACGGGACGGCGCAGCACCGAAUCAACCAAUAUAUCAUCAAGCAGGAGAUCGGUCGAGGGUCAUUUGGGGCAGUACAUCUUGCCACUGAUCAAUUUGGAAAUGAAUAUGCUGUAAAAGAGUUCUCCAAGACACGAUUGAGGAAGCGUGCCCAGUCAAACUAUCUCCGGCGGCCGAGUGUCCGACGUCGUCCUGGGCCUCUCGGAGUUCGAGGUGCGAUGAUCCGGCCGAGCGCUGGCAGACUUGAUUCUGCAGAUGCCUUAGAGCUCAUCAAAGAGGAGAUUGCUAUCAUGAAGAAGCUCAAUCAUCAAAACCUCGUGUCACUAAUUGAGGUACUCGACGAUCCCGAGGAAGAUUCCUUAUACAUGGUUCUGGAAAUGUGUAAAAAGGGAGUUGUCAUGAGAGUUGGACUUGAUGAUCGAGCUGAUCCUUAUGAGGAAGAGCAAUGUCGUUGUUGGUUUAGAGACAUGAUGCUGGGCAUCGAGUACCUCCAUGCGCAGGGCAUUAUUCACCGUGAUAUAAAGCCGGACAACUGUUUGGUGACAGCAGACGAUACGCUCAAGAUUGUCGACUUCGGAGUAUCCGAGAUGUUCGAGAAAGACUCAGAGAUGAGCACUGCAAAAUCCGCAGGGUCACCGGCGUUCAUGCCCCCUGAACUGUGCAUAGCCAAACACGGCAUUGUGUCUGGCAAGGCUGCUGACAUUUGGUCGAUGGGCGUUACCCUUUAUUGCCUAAAGUUUGGGCGUAUACCCUUCGAAAAGACGGGCAUGCUAGAUCUGUACGAGUCCAUACGCAAUGACAGUGUUGACAUGGACGGUGAAUGUAGCGAGGCCCUACAUGACCUGCUUUUGAAACUUUUGAACAAAGACCCACAGCAGCGCAUCACUAUGGACGAGCUGAGGGAGCACCCAUGGAUCACCAAACACGGCACUGACCCUCUGCUGUCCAAAGAAGAGAACACAGCCGUUAUUAUCGAGCCACCAACCGAAGAGGAACUCAAUGCGGCUAUCACUGGUAACAUGGGCCACCUCCUGGCUGUGAUGCGCGCAGUCAAGCGAUUCAAGGAGCUGCUGUUCCGCAAGAGACCCGAUCUCUUGGAGGGAAUCCUGGGCUCGGCUUCCCGGAUCGUACAACCACCGCUGUCUAUGCGGCCAAGCAAACUUAAGUCGUCACACAGCUUGGCUGCCGGCGAUGGGCGGCCAGUGGAGCGUGUGUUGACGACUGAAGGCGUAACUGGUGACAUUCCAAUUCCCGACAAUCUUGAAGACCUUGAACAGUUGUCUCAACGUAAUCACAAGGAAGGCAUUACUGCCGUGGAUGGGAAAAGCACACCAGAAUCUACUGCCAGCAUUGAUACUGCCAUACCUGCAGCGAGUAGGAAGGCCUCUCCAGCAACACCAAAAGCCAUGUCUCCUCUGUCGAGUGUUACUUCAGUGUCUCCUAGAGGAAUCGGUCUGAAGCAUACGCAGAGCGCUCCAGCAGAACUGGCCCUUGCAGAGGAUAUCGUCCAACGCCGAGAUCUCACAGGCAAAGGGCACGCUCACGACCCACUUGAGGAUCAGCUCUUCCUCGACAUUGGCAUCAGUGCUGACCACAAUCCUUCGGCUGAAGACAACGUGCACAUUGUCGCAGAGUCACCCUCCGCGAUCGAGAUGAAUGUCUACGAGAAAGCGUAUGAAGAAGAAGUCCGCAGCAUCGUGGAGCAACGUGGUCGCAGUGCGACUUUGUACCUGACACGCAGAGUCGAAGAUUCUCCAACAAUCCGAAACAUGCAGCAUAUCUUCCAAGACGCCUCUUCGACAGCUGCAGGCAUGAAAGCUGUUGGUCUCGAAAGUGGCCGCAUUGGCAUGGCGAAACUCAUGGAGAAGGCUCGCAGUGCUCGUGACGCAGCGAGCACCGCUGGAGCGCAGGCUUCGACAAUGGAUAGCGUUGUGGCAGGCUUGAGAGCUCUGAAGCCUUCCAGCAGGAGUUCGACGCCCCAGCCUCCUCCACCAUCACCACCGCCAGCGUCGUCGUAGGACGCCAUAGAUACUUUGAAACAGCGCGGCGUUGGUAGGGUUCUGCGAUUGUUCCUGUUUACACGAUUAUGGCCGUACAUGGGUCGCACUCUCUUUGGCAUUAAAUUGUAUGAUUGCAUUGGGUGGAGUUCAUAUGGUUAUGAUGGUCAGCUGGCCUGGCAGGAAAGACGAUACACCGUUGAUUCGGGGUCAAAUAAGGCACAAAAGCGCACACAGGCUAAUAGAUCAGGGCGUGUGUUGGUUGUACAAUUAGCCAGAGGGUCUAUGAUGGAACUCAGAUUCCCAUCGACAUUGUCUUACUACGAGACGUACGAAAUCCCCUUCAUUGGCAGAAGAUGUUAUGUCUACGAAGAAGCUGUUCAUAUCAUGAU